AAGGAAGAUUAUCCCCCAUGUGUGACUUCAAUAAAGUCUAUACUCAUUGUUUAACUAAUACACCACCAAAUUGUUUAGUACUCUAGGUUUUUGUGGGUACACAUUCAGAUCUCCAUGUUAGUUCACUUUCGUAGACAUGAAUUUGAACUACAUUAGAGUACAAUCCAUUUGUUGAUUUCAGUUAUUGCUGUUGUAAUGCUGUUAUUACAGCUGUUUUGUUGCUGUAGCUCUUGUAACUUAGUUUGAUUUUUAGUCUAAUAAAAAGAAACAGUCAUCUAAAUUUAGUCAAUUUAGUCUCGUGGACGUUAAAAUAAUUUCUUCUUCUAAUCAAGCUCCAAAAUUCUAACACAGUCGCAAGUCGCAUCGGAAGUUCCGCUAAGCCUGGGUUGCUUAAGCUCUUAAGUCUUAAAAUGGCAAAGGCUGCGCAACAUAUUUGGUGAGAUUUGUAUGCAGAAGGGUGGAGCAGGGAAGUGAUUGGCUUGAACUGGAUUAAUGUUCAAAUGAAGAAAAACUUUACUAUUUUAGUUCAAUCCGAACUACCCCAAAAUGGCGGAGAUCUACUUAGUAAGAGACUGUAUUUGUCGUUGAUGGGCUUCUAUUUGGCCAGUUAAGCUGAUAUAUCUUGUGAGCAGUUCUAUCUAAAAAUGGCUUAUUCUCUUUCAGCCAUAUUAAAUAUACAAUCAGGGCAGUUAGUUUUACUAGCUUUUACAUUGGCGAUUGCCAGUUUCUAUGCUGGCACAUUAUUUGGAACAAAGCAGGUUAUUUUUAUGCAAGAUACCUCGAUCUCAACUGGUAAGAAGUGGUUGACUAACAAAGUGGAUCUUACUUUUAGGGCUGACAUACCACAGAUACCUGAAAGGGGGAUGAAUGUUUGCCCCUCUAAUUACACUGAGUACAUUCCUUGUCAUGAUUUAAACUAUGUCAGAAACUCAUUGAAAAAUCUUGAUUAUUCCCGAAAACAGCAUCUUGAAAGGCAUUGCCCCCUACCUAAGGAUCGACCAUUUUGCCUGAUACCUCCUCCUAAAGAGUACAAGAUCCCACUGCCAUGGCCAAUUAGUAGAGACUAUGUGUGGCGAAGCAAUGUAAAUCACUCAAAACUCGCAAAAGUCAAAGGUGGGCAAAACUGGGUGCAUGAGCAAGGUAAAUUCUGGUGGUUCCCUGGUGGUGGCACUCAUUUCAAGCACGGGGCUUCAGAUUACAUACACAGGUUGGGAAAUAUGACAACCAAUGGCACAGGGGAUCUACAAGCUGCUGGGGUGGUGCAAGUUCUAGAUGUUGGCUGUGGUGUUGCAAGUUUUGCAGCUUAUCUCCUUGAAUUGGAUAUACAGACAAUGUCAUUUGCUCCAAGGGAUGAGCAUGAGAAUCAAAUUCAGUUUGCUCUUGAACGAGGAAUCAGUGCGAUGAUUGCAAUCCUGGGAACAAUACAGCUACCCUAUCCAAGCAAUUCGUUUGAAAUGGUUCAUUGUUCACGUUGUCGUGUUGAUUGGCAUGAAAAUGAUGGCAUUCUGCUGAAAGAAGUGGACCGACUUUUGAGACCAAAGGGCUACUUUGUUUAUUCUGCACCACCUGCUUACAGGAAGGAUAAGGACUUCCCACUUCAAUGGGAGAAGAUGACAAAUCUGACAAAUUCAAUGUGCUGGAAACUGAUUGCACGCCAAAUUCAAACAGCAAUUUGGUUUAAGCCAGGUGACAGGGAAUGCCAACUUCAGAAAGCACAGUCAAAAAGCUUGGUUUUAUGUGACCAGUCAGAUGAUCCAGAUCAAUCAUGGAAUAAAACUUUACAAAAUUGCUUAACUUUAAGUCCCAAAAAAGAAAGUAUUCAGCAACUUCCUCCCUUGCGAGAGCGCCUAUCAGCCUUUCCUAAACGACUUGAGAAAACAGGAAUCACUGCUAUGGAUUUCAGUGCAGAUACAGCAUUUUGGCAGAAGCAAGUAGAAGAAUACUGGAACCUUUUGAAUGCUAGUGAGCAUGAUAUUCGGAAUGUAAUGGAUAUGAAUGCUCUCUAUGGUGGGUUUGCCGUUGCUUUAAGCAUGAAACCAGUUUGGGUCAUUAAUGUAGUUCCUUCAACCUUGAGAAAUACAUUACCUGCAAUCUAUGAUAGAGGCUUGAUUGGUUCCUUUCAUGAUUGGUGUGAGCCAUUUUCUACUUAUCCACGAACAUAUGAUUUGCUCCAUGCAUUCCGAUUAUUCUCACAUUAUAAAGAUCGUGGUAGAGGUUGCCGUAUAGAAGAUAUAUUACUGGAGGUGGAUCGCAUUCUACGCCCAUUGGGAUUUCUCAUCAUCAGAGAUGACUCCUCCAUAGUCUCAACCAUUGUAGAUAUUGCACCUAAAUUUCUUUGGGAUGCAAAAGUGCAUUAUUUGAAAGGCAAUGGAAACCAAGGAGAACUGCUGCUGAUUUGCCAAAAGAAAUUUUGGAUAACAGUGUGAUCUGUAAAGUGCAGUGACAUUUUUUAUAACAUGAGAAUUCACUAACAGCUGCACAGAUUUCAUGCCCUAAAUCUUUGGUAGGACAGAUGAAGAUCAAUGGUCAGUUCUGCAGGAACACACGACUGCUUUGUCCUUAUUCUUGACAUGUCUGCUUGAACAACUCCGUAACUGCUUUGUCUAUCUUCAUUUUUGUUUCUACCAUAGUAGAAACAAUCAAGCAAGCAAAAUUUUUAUUUCCAGGCUCUUCCAGUCCUAGUUUCCAGAUAUAACUUUGAUGUCUGUAAGAGAGAAAACAUGAUGUGCUAUUUGAAUCAGGCAACCAUAUGUUGCAAGCUUAUCACCAGGUUUGUAAGAUGGCAUUUUGGCUUAUUAGGUGCAAGCCAGAUAUUGUUUGAACUUUGGGCACAUUUCAUAAUUGGUAGAACUUGUCUUGAACUGGAUGUAUUGUAAGAGAAGUACUCUGAUAAGAGCAUAUAGCUCACAUUCUGGUAUUGGGGUUUUAUAUUAAAUAAGGUGGGAAUUAUACUCAGUAGUCCAA